CGGUACCUUUCAAAAUUAUAUUGCAGAAUAACAUAACAUAAAAUAACUAUUUGAUUUCAACAAGCUUUAGAAACAAAACAUUAUGAAUAUAAUUGACUUCGAAGUGGAGGAAAUACAGAAAUUGUGCGAAAACACUGUACAAAAUUCUAAAAUUGUUGCAUGCACUAGUGCGGGAUCACCACUCGUGCGUGUGGACAUUGGUGAUAGUAAUUCAUAUAGACAAGUCACUGUUUGCUUGCGUUUUCCUGCCGAUUAUCCCAAAGAACCUAUCCUGGUUGAAAUAAAAAGUCGUACAUUAUCCACAAAAUUUUUGGAUGGGCUUGCAACCCUCAGUGAGAAAAGUGCUCGGGAACAUUUGGGUAAAACACAAGGUUUACAUGUACUCCGCUUUAUACAACAAUAUGUACAGGAUAAUCCACUUUGUGUUUGUUUUGAUGAAAUACAAGAUCUCCGACGUGACUUAGGUGCUCGCGCUACACCAGAUCAAUUAAAAUUAAAACAACGUCACUCGAUUGUACAACUAACAGCCAAAGGUGGCGAAUACUAUUACAAAGUGAGCGCAUUUAUACCGGAAGAUUACCCAAGGCAGUGUGUACAAUUACAGCAGCAAGAAACAAAUUUGCCAGCAAUUUUGCUCCGAUAUUUAAAUGGUCAGUCGCGUGAAAUUGCCCGUCAAUGUGUAGAGCAACCUUUACGUUUAAAUACAAAGGAACAGAGGGCAUUUCAGCCUGUUCCAAGCUUGUAUCGGGCUCUCAAAUUUUGUCUUGCAGCGACAUUCGAUUUUCAUGCGGAAUUAUGUCCUAUUUGUGACAAAGAAGUGCUCCCAAAGCAACCGUCCGAACUGGAGUUAGAUGACAGCAAGGAUGCAUACGUAGAGCGUGUAUAUUGUGGGCAUCUCUUUCAUCAGGGAUGUCUUAAACAAUACCUGCAACAACCACCAUUUCCAAAAGGUGGCAAAUUAUGUCCAGCUAAGAAACGACAUCCGCGUUCUGAUGCCAAAUACUAUCUGGGUGGUGCAAGUAGUAAAGGAAAACAACCUAUAGUGACGGCAGAUAAUGGUGGUACUUGUGGCAUUCGUUUAGCGCAUGAUCGUUGGGUUGUCAAUGUAAAAUUAGCGGAAUCGCGUUGGGCUCAAAAACAAGCUCGCGAACGUGAACUACAGGAAGUAGUUGACUUUUUGAAAUAGACAUUUGUGCCUUUCUUAAAAUAAGAGUAAAACGGUUCAUUUAGUAUUUAGUAAAACAUGUGGAAUUAUUUUUAUAAAUGUGAUGUUAACUAGGUUUUUUUUCAUAGAUUAAAUAAUGAAUUAGCUGUAAAUAAAUAAUUGUUUUAUAUCUUAUAUAUUCUUUAA